ACAGUACACUGCACGCAUCGACAUUGAGGUAAAUUGUAAUAUUACAAUUGACAGUGAAGAUCUUCAAAAAUGUACCGUGCAACUGUUUUCGUUUGUUUCUUAUUUAUUGCUUUGACAUCUUACAUAGCACAGGCUAUGACUGACGAUCAAAAAGCCAAAAUCCAUGAGCACUUUAUGACUAUAGGCGCGGAAUGUAUGAAAGACAAUCCUAUUACUGAAGACGACAUGAAGAAUUUGCAGAGCAAACAGGUACCGACUGGAGAGAACGUACCUUGCUUUCUUGCUUGUGUCAUGAAAAACGUGGGCGUGAUGGAUGACCAAGGUAUGCUGCAAAAGGAAACCGCUCUGGAGCUAGCCAAGAAAGUGUUCGAUGAUCCGGAGGAGCUCAAAAACAUUGAAGACUACCUUCAUUCUUGCGCUCCAAUUAACAAAGAAUCCGUGAGUGACGGCGCGAAGGGUUGCGAACGCGCUGUUUUGGGGUUGAAGUGCAUGAUGGCAAACGCUGCAAAGUUCGGUUUCGACCUCUGA